AUGGAACAUGGAAAAUAUUUUCAUUUUGGAAUUGCGAAUGGCUUGAUUGCUAUUUUUAAAACGUGCAGUGAUGCACCUAUACCAUAUGAAAUUAUUUUGUCAAUAAACAUCGAUGGAUUACCGCUUGUUAGAAGCUCCAAUAGUCAGCUGUGGCAUAUUCUUGGAAGUAUCCGAAAUUUUUAUAAUAAAAAGCUGUUUUUUAUUGGAGCAUUUCAUGGACAUAAGAAGCCUCCAUCGCCUGAUAUAUUUUUAAAAGAAUUUGUUGAAGAAGCACAGAACCUAAAAGAAACUGGCAUCAAUUUUAAUGGAAUGAUUAUUUCAUUAAAAAUUAUCUGUUACGUUUGUGAUACUCCUGCAAGGGCUUACAUUUGUUGCAUUAAAAAUCAUACUGGAUACUAUGCAUGUGGUAAGUGUGAAACAAAAGGCGAGUACAGAGGUAGUGUUGUAUAUCCUGAAUUAAAUGCCCGUCUGCGUACUGUAGAGUCAUUUAGAAAUCAGACUCAAAGAGAUCAUCAUACAGGAAUAUCACCAUUACAGCUUAACGAUGAUCUAGUCUCGGACGUGCCAUUUGACUACAUGUAUGUAGUAUUGUUGGGGGUUACAAGAAAAAUGCUGCAUAAAAUGACUGGAAAACUUAAUCCCAUGAAAUUGGGUACUCAGCAAAUAAAUUAA